AUAGAGACAAGAUUACGGAGUAUCUUGUUAACGGCCUUACCAAUAACCAAUAGAUCUCGACCAAGAGGCAGAAAAAACCCUAGGUGACCAUGAUUCUUUUCUUAAGAUUUACCGUUUCUGGAGUCUUUUUCAGUCCGUAUAUUUGCUUCUUUGACUGUGCAUCUUCUCCUCAUGAAAUGAGUGAACAAACUAGUCCCACCCAUUGGCCAAAUUUCAAUCCUUUUCGAGAAAAACUAACCACUAGUUUCUUUUGGUGGUCUCCUAGCGCGACAGUUGUGAUGGAAAUCCAUUUAUCAAACCCUCUAUUCCUUCCAGCUGAGUUCUCUCCCAUGAAUGGUCUCAAAACCUUAUAAGGUGAUAAUGGCUAAUGAUUUUGCUUGGUUAUUGCUUUCCUAACCUGGGUAUUUUCAAGGUAGUAGCUAUUGUAUGUUUUGGGUUGUUCUUGUGGCAUUUCAAGUGGCCAGAUGGUCUGAACCGUGAGCUAUGGCUUAGGGGAGAACUGGGUGGGGGAGUGUUUAGCAACUGGGUUUUCUCUGUAGAUGAUAGAAAGGUCAAGUAUUUCCUAUCUAGAAUAUUUUUAUCUACAUGAUUAUUAGGCUGGGCUUUUUGGUUGCUGCUUCUUUUGCAGCAUAUGCCAUCAAGCAAAUCAAUGUCAAUGCCUCAAGGUCAUCAGCCACUUCAACUAAGACUUCAGAGAAUGGCGAAUUAUCCAUUGAACAACCUAGGACUGAUGGGGAAGAGAAAGAGCACUUCACAGGUUCUAUUGAUAGCAUCAAUGAACAGGAAGGGGAAGGGGAAGAAGAAGAGGAAAAAGAAGAGGUUAAAUUAAUAAGUGGCAUAAUAAACCCUGCUCAGUCACCUGAUUUUGAAGAUGAUAUCUUACCUGAAUUUGAAGAUCUUUUAUCUGGUGAGAUUGAUUUUCCAAUUGUCAACGACAAGUACAACACGGAGAAGAAUUCCACGGAAGAGAAAAACAAAGUUUAUGAAACCGAGAUGGCAAAUAAUGCUAGUGAACUAGAACGACUGCGUAGUUUGGUUAGGGAAUUGGAGGAGAGGGAAGUGAAGCUAGAAGGCGAAUUGCUCGAAUACUAUGGAUUGAAAGAGCAAGAAUCGGAUGUCACUGAAUUGCAAAGGCAGCUCAAGAUUAAGACAGUGGAAAUCGACAUGUUGAACAUAACCAUUAAAUCGCUUCAGGCCGAGAGAAAAAAGCUUCAGGAAGAGAUCUCUAAUGGAGCUGUCGCAAAAAAAGAGCUGGAGGCAGCUAGGAAUAAGAUUAAGGAACUUCAGAGACAGAUUCAACUAGAAGCGAAUCAGACCAAAGGACAACUCUUGUUGCUGAAACAACAAGUGAGUGGUUUACUGGUGAAGGAGGAAGAAGCUUUUAGGAAAGAUUCGGAAGUUGAGAAGCAGCUUAAGGCUUUGAAGGAAUUAGAGGUAGAGGUAGUGGAGCUGAAGAGGAAGAAUAAAGAGCUUCAGCAUGAAAAGAGGGAGUUGAGUGUUAAACUGGGUGCUGCUGAGGCCAGAAUUAGAACCCUCUCUGAGAUGACAGAGACCGAAAUGGUUGCCAGGGUGAGAGAAGAUGUCAACAACUUGAGGCAAAAAAAUGAAGACCUAUUAAAGCAAGUGGAGGGGCUUCAAAUGAACAGGUUUAGCGAAGUAGAGGAGCUAGUGUACCUCCGUUGGGUCAAUGCGUGCUUGAGAUUUGAGCUGCGCAACUACCAGACCCCUUCUGGGAAAACAUCAGCUCGUGACCUCAGCAAAAGCUUAAGCCCCAGGUCCCAAGAAAAGGCCAAACAGCUAAUGUUAGAAUAUGCAGGAUCAGAACGCGGCCAAGGUGGAGACACGGAUCUAGAAAGCAACUUUUCCCACCCGUCUUCACCUGGAAGUGAGGAUUUCGACAAUGUUUCAAUUGAUAGUUCCACAAGUAGGUAUAGCAGUAUCAGUAAAAAGCCUGGUUUAAUGCAGAAACUAAAGAAAUGGGGUGGAAGAAGUAAAGAUGAUUCCAGUACUCUUUCGUCACCAGCUAGGUCUUUUGGUGGGAGCUCUCCUAAUAGGGCUAGCAUUAGCCAUAGGCCACGGGGUCCACUAGAAGCACUUAUGCUGAGGAAUGCUGGUGAUACUGUAGCCAUCACUACAUUUGGUGAAGCUCCUGAUUCUCCUGAAACUCCUAAGGUUUCUUCUGAUAAUUCUCUGAAUACAGUUGCAUCGUCUUUUCAGUUGAUGUCUAAAUCAGUUGCUGGGGUUUUAGAUGAAAAGUACCCUGCGUAUAAAGGUAGGCAUAACUUGGCGUUGGAGAGGGAGAAGCAGAUCAAGGAAAAAGCAGAACAAGCAAGAGCUGUGAGGUUUGGUGAGAGUUCGAAGUUAAGUUCUAGUAGUUUUGAGUCUAGAGCUUCGAAAGCGGAUAAUAAACCCAUAAGUUUGCCACCAAAACUUUCUCAGUUGAAGGAGAAAGCAGUAGUUGUCUCCGGUGACUCAAGCGAGCAAUCAAAUAGUGAUGGCAAAAUAGUAGAUUCUCAAGUGGUGAGUAGGAUGCAGCUUUCCCAUAUUGAGAAGAGAGCUCCCAGGGUUCCACGUCCACCUCCUAAAUUUGCCGAAGCUGGUGCAAAUAGUAACCCUGUAAGCGGGGUGCCAGCUGGUGUGCCUCCUCCUCCACCGGGUGGCCCACCACCGCCGCCGCCGCCACCUGGUGGGCCACCUCGCCCACCUCCUCCACCAGGAAGCUUACCGAGGGGGGGAGCGAGCGGUAAUAAAGUUCACCGGGCUCCUGAACUUGUUGAAUUUUACCAGUCCUUGAUGAAACGUGAGUCUAAGAAGGAUACAUCAUCGCUGGUGUCUUCGACGUCUGGUGCAGCGGAUGCUAGGAGCAAUAUGAUUGGGGAGAUUGAGAACAGAUCAUCGUUCUUGUUAGCUGUGAAAGCUGAUGUAGAAACUCAAGGUGAUUUUGUGCAGUCUCUGGCUACUGAAGUCCGAGCAGCUACCUUUACCAACAUAAAUGAUUUGGUGAUAUUUGUGAAUUGGCUGGAUGAGGAGCUUUCUUUCUUGGUUGAUGAGCGAGCAGUCCUCAAACACUUUGAUUGGCCAGAAGGGAAAGCAGAUGCAUUAAGAGAGGCAGCCUUUGAAUAUCAGGACCUGGUGAAGCUGGAGCGGCAAGUGGCGUCUUUCGAUGAUGAUCCCAAACUCCCUUGUGAAGCUGCUUUGAAGAAAAUGUACAAGUUGCUUGAAAAGGUGGAACAGAGUGUGUAUGCACUAUUGCGUACACGUGACAUGGCUAUUUCACGAUACAGAGAAUUUGGAAUUCCAGUUGAUUGGUUGCUGGAUUCUGGUAUCGUAGGCAAGAUCAAGCUCUCAUCGGUGCAACUGGCAAUGAAAUACAUGAAACGGGUAGCAUCAGAACUUGAUGCAUUGGGUGGAGCAGAGAAGGAACCAAACAGAGAAUUUUUACUACUCCAAGGAGUGCGUUUCGCCUUCCGUGUUCAUCAGUUCGCUGGAGGGUUUGAUGCAGAAAGCAUGAAGGCUUUUGAAGACCUAAGGGGCCGUGUCAGUGCACAAACAGGAGAAAACAAGUUGGAAGCAUGAGGGUUUUGUUUAUUUAUAGAGUUUGAGUUAUAUUCUUCAAAAUCUGUAUUUACUUGUGGGAAACAUCGUUCAUUAUUGAACACUGUACAAUCAUACAGUCCAUAUCAAUGGAGGAAAAAGAAUUUUAUACA